AGCGCGUAUGACUUUCAACCCCACCAUCGUCCCCUGUGUUUAUCUGCGCAAGUACAAGAGUUCGCCGGCGUCAAUCUUCGCCUAGAGUUUUCGGCGAGGUCAGGUUUUGGCCGUAAGCGUUCCGCACCGUCACCCUCAACAUGAAAGAUCUUUCGUGGUUCAACUUGCUCUCGCCGGCUGAGCAGCAGGCACUUCUUGAGGGUCCGUCGAUGAAGCCUCCGCCUGGCGUUAUACCGAACUUGGUGAAUCCCCCGAACAAAAACGAUUUGGGAUACGGUGUCGCCACCGCCUCUGCUCUGCUCUGUGGGUUACUAGUCGUCCUCCGCCUGUACGCUCGAGCCUUCUAUCACAAGAAGAUGGUUAUUGAGGACUCCAUUGCGGUUGCCGCGCUGGGGGUGCUCGCUGGCUAUCUCUAUUGCGUCUGGAAGGUUAUUGACCACCCUGGGAUCUUCAUUCACCUAUGGCAUGUUCGGAUGAAGGAUUUACCUCACGUCCUCUACUAUAUGAGCACCGGAGCCACUGUCUACGGAAAUGUCAUCAUGCUCCUCAAGACUGGUAUACUCCUCGAAUGGGCCAGAAUAUUUGUUCCUCAAGGGUUCAAGAAUGCGUUCUGGUGGACCUGCCACUCCGUUAUCGUCGUGAACGUCAUGUUCUACGUUAUCUGCACAUUUGUGGAGAUAUUUGGAUGCAACCCACGACGAAAACUUUGGGAGCCCACUUUGCCAGGGACGUGUAUGGACAUGGCUAAGGUCAACAUUGUCUCAGCAUCCAUCAACUUCGCUUCGGACGUUAUCAUUCUGUUCCUCCCGCAGAAGGUUAUUUGGGGGCUACAUAUGUCUUUGAAGAAGAAGUUUGGAGUUGGAACUCUCUUUGCAGUAGGCGUCUUCGCUUGUGUCUGUGCCGGUUUCCGCAUUCACAGUGCGUCAAACUUCUCGCGCAGCGACGAUAUACUCUACAGUGCUUCUGAUAUGGGGCUAUGGUGUCUUGCCGAGAUGGUGGCGGGGUUCUUUGUUUUUUGCUUGCCCGCCACACCUAAGCUUCUCGCCGACUCGCCUUGGAUGCGCAAGAUCCUUUCGACUUUCAAGACCUUCUCAAAGCAAACUUCCGAAAAGCAGUCAAGCUCCUCUGGCCCGGUUCCUAUCCCGUUCCGCCGUACGUUGAAGCCUUCGGCAGACCCGGAAAGCCUAUUCACGGACUCAGACAAAUCGGACUUUCUCCCUCUCUCAAACGUCAGCGUCACUUCGGAGUUUACUCUCCAAGAGCACAUCGAAACUAAAGAUGUGGCAGACAAGAACAACACUCGUGCUCAAUACCAGUACACGCUACCCUAGAUAGGCUUAGGAAACCGCGUAAGGUCUGGGUUUUUCUAAAGAGUGGUACAGUGGAUCUACACGAAGGCCGAUACACGUUGCGUGUUGGUGGCAAUUCCACCGGUCAGAUAAGAUAUUAUGGUUUGCAUGGACUAUCAGAAGGUAUGUUGGUUCAAACGCGUCAUUGCGAUGGACUAUUAGCUGCGGCUCAGGGGUGUCCAACAAAAUUUCCUGCUUCGGUCCAAUACUUCGGAACUUCUGUGUAGUGUAACUUUCACAUAGAAAGCGAAGCUAGACUGUUUGACUGUUAAUAUUGAUACUUGGAUCC